AUGACCGUCUUUGGGCCCAAAACAUAUGCAUGGUUCUGUGCGCUGUCUGCUGCGCUGUGCAAUUCAUAUUAUGGCUUUGAUGCCUCGGUAUACAAUGCGGUCCAGGGCAUUGACAACUGGAAAGAUUGGAUGGGGGACCCCGGUGCCGAGACCAUAGGUGGGGUCAAUACGGCCUACUCAGUCUGUGCUAUUGUCUCUGGCUGGUUCCUCGCUGCCCCUUGUGCCGAUUUUCUAGGCCGGAAAUUCGCAAUGGCCAUCGGAAGUAUCCUGAUCAUGAUCGGUGCUAUUCUUGAGACGUUCACGAAAAGACAUACUCUGGGCAUGUUCAUUGCAGGCCGCGCGAUCAUUGGAUUGGGUCAAGGAAUCGCCCUCUCUGCCGCUCCAGCAUACAUUGGCGAGAUCACACCGCACAAGAUACGUGGUAUAGUCAUGACCUUUUGGCAGGUCUGCUACAGCAUUGGUCUCUUCUUUGCCUUCUGGAUCAACUAUGCCUGCACCAAGUAUACUUCGCGUCUGCCCAAGAACUGGGACUGGAGGAUCGUGUGCAUCUUCCAACUCCUGGUCCCUGUAUACGUCCUCACAAUCCUUCCUUUCUUGCCGGGAUCUCCAAGAUGGUACAUCAAGAACGGCAAGACAGAAAAGGCCCGCAAAGCUCUACUCGCGACUCGACCUACUCCAGAAGGAGCCGAGGAAGAACUGCAAUCCAUCAUCCAGGCCGUCGAGUUCGAAAAGACCAGCACAGAAACGUCCGCCGGCUACUCCGCCCUGUGGAAGGACAGGUCUGUUCGGAAGCGACUGUUGCUUGCCAUUGGCAUGAAUGCCGGGCAGCAGCUGACGGGCCAGGGCUCCCUCUCCACCUACUCGACCAAGAUAUACGAGAAGGUCUUCUCGUCCUCGUCCACCAUCGCCCUGAUCAACGCCUUGAAUGCCACCUUCUCGAUCUUGUUCUGUCUGAAUGUCACAUGGAUUGUUGAGCGGUGGGGUCGCAAGGUGUUAUUCAUUGUCGGCGGUAUGGGUAUGGCAUGCUGCAUGCUUAUCGUUGCGACCGUUGAGACCCAAACGCCGACAACAGCGGAUGGAGGCAAGUCGCACUCGGUCGGUGUCGCCAUUGUCUUCCUCCUGUUCCUCUUCAUCUUCUUCUACAAGCCGUCUUGGGGCGCCGUCACCUGGAUCUGGACCUCGGAGAUCUUCAGCCUCAACGUCCGCGCCCAGGGAGUAGGCAUGGCAGGCCAGACACAGAAUAUCGCAAACGCUAUCGUCCAGCAGUUCUUCCCGACCUUCCUGAACAACUGCGGCUUCUACGCGUUCUACAUGUUUGCCGGCAUCAACUGUCUUCUCGUCCUCUAUGUCAUUUUCCUCAUCCCAGAGACCAAGGGUGUCCCGCUUGAGGAGAUGGACAAGCUUUUCGGCGGUGCCAAUCACGUCCAGGCCGGCGCAGAGAUACUACAAGAGGAACAAAUGCAGGUCGACCAGCACAAACCCAAGAGCGAUCAUAGUAGCACCCAUGGGGAUGUUACCGCCAAACCCGAGGCAGAGUUAGUCUAA